AUGAAAUAAGAGACUUUGAGUAAUUCAACAACUUAUAUAAUGGGAAGUUCAUAAUAAACUUAAUUACUUGAUGAAAUAGAAAAAUAUAAUUGUUUUUGGAAAUAAGAAAUAAUAUUGAGUGAUUGUGAAGAAUAAUUUGUUUAAAUAGCAUCUGAUGAUGAUAGAGAUUGUGCUGCAAUGAUUAAUUUUGGAAAAGCACUUAAUAUCCAACCAAAAGAUAUUUCAUAGAUAACAGAAAUCUUAAACUAUUUAGAUACUCCUUAAUUAAAGAUGACUUCUUUAUAGAGUCCUUAAAAUGUUUUGAAUUAUUUUCUGCCUAGUAGUUUUGUAUCUACAUUAACAGAAAUGAUCAAUCAUUAUCUGUUAAUGGUUUUAUAAGAAGAUCUAAAAUAAUAACAAUAAACUCAAUAAAUUUAUCAUAAGAAGAAAUAUAAAGAAGCUGAGAUUUAAUUUUAUUUAGGUUUACAAAUUUUAUUUGGAGUUUAUAGAUUUCCAUCUUUGGAUGACUAUUGGAAUGCUGAAUCAUGGUUAAAAGGUGGAGUUGAAGUUACUAUGCCAAUAGGUAGAUUUAAAUUUGUAGAUCUUCAUAUUUUUUCAUACUUUGAUGAAUUAUAAAGAGCAAAAUUAUAAUUGGAAGUAAGUAAAUUUUCAAAGAAGUUGAAAUCACUUUAUAAUCCUGAUUAAGAAUUAAUUGUUGUUGAAUAAAAUCAGAAAGCAUACAGAGCAUAUUAUAUAUUUGAUUAUGAUAGUUCUUAAAUUAUAGAUUUAUUGGUUGUGUGUAAUAAUGUAAAAAAUGAAGACAGAAUAAAUAGGGUAAUGAGAAUGCUUUACAAAUAUUCUAAUCAAAAUCAUGUUACUUAUAUAUUAUUUGAUUUGAGCUUAGAAAAGAUAAUUCAAUUAGUGGAUCAAUCAAUAUAUCCAGUUAUUCGUUAUUAAAAUAUUCAUCAUAAUUUGAUAUAAAUGCUCUAAGAUGGAGAGUAUGAAUUGGAUUAAUUAUACUUAAUUAAAUAAGGAACUUAAGUGGAUGUUUUCCCAUAAAGACGCCUAAUAUCAAAUAGACAUUAUAUGACUUCUUAUGAAAAAAUAAAAGAGUAAUUGCAAGAACAUAUAAUAAAUCUUUAAUAAUUUCGUAGUAACUUUUAUUAAUCAUCAUAAUUAAAUAAUACUGAAGGAUUUCAUCAAUUAAGAGUUGAAUUUGAAGAAUAUUUCGAAAUUAUGAUACAUAAUACUUUUUUACUUAUUCAACAGACAUCUCAAUCUUAAUUUAGACAUGAUUUAGCUAAAAUACUUCUGAAUGAAAAAGGAUAAUAAAUUGAAAGAGAUCGUAAUGAAGCUAAACGUAAAUUAAAUGUCACUUAUUAAGAAAAUACCUCAAAUACAGAUCAUUUGUCUUUUGGAUUAUAAAAGUAAUAUGCUGAUUAAUAUCAUACACCAAUACCUUAAAAAUAAGAUGAUACAUUUAAAUAUUGUUUAGUUUGUAUGAAAUUUGAUGGUUUGACUAAACCAUAUUAUAGAUGUUAACUUUGUGAAAAACUUUUGAAUAUCAAUAAGGUAUUCUUAUGUCCAUUUCCAUGUUUUGAAUUAUUUCAUAGAAAUCCAAGUGAUUUCAUGGUUUGUGAUAUGAAAAUGUUAGAACCACUUGGUGAAGGUGUAUAUUUUAAAAAUGAAUCUACUAUGUAAUUAAUUAAUAAUGGAUAAGAAGAAGAUGCAAAUGGAAAAAAAAGAAAAUAUAAUAAACCUCCACCUAGAACUUUUUGGUCAUUUAAUAAAGAGAUUUACAAAUAAGCAAACAUAAAUGAUGAUCAAAAUCUGAAUGACAUUUUAAAUACUUUUAAAAAACCUCAAGCACCUGCUCCUUCACCUAAUUUAUUAUAACCUAUUGUACCUUAAGAAUAAUAAAAAUAGACAUAACCUUUAGGACACAAAAAGGAUAUGAAAGAUAUAGAUCAUUUAUUAAAUUAAGAAAAGGAGUAAAAAGAUAAAUUAAUAAAGGAAAUGUAAGAGAGAGACAAAUAAUUAUAAGAACAAUAUUUUUAAUAAUAAUAUGAGAAAUAAUUGUAAAAAGAAUAAGAAUCAAAGAAGAGCAAAAAAGCUUAAAAAGAGAGUGAAAAAAAGAAAUAAUUAGAAGAACAACUUAAGAAUGUUAGUCCUCUUGAGAAAUUCAUGGAACAAAUAAAUAAAAGAGCUAAGGUUGAAGAUAUUGAAUGA